CAUGCAAUUUCUAAGAAGUUGCAGUUAAAAAUAACAUUCUCGCUUGCACAAUCUUACUAUAUUUUAAUAUUAUAAGAAUAAUCGUAAAAAUAAGUUACCAAAAUGUGUACAAGAGAUGCAGCAGCUGAACAACUCACAAAUUGGCAAAAAGAUCACGAAGACACACAAUGUUGUUAUGCCAGAAAUAGUGCAGGCAUUGGUAUAGUGAAUCCAGAAACGAGCUUGACGAUAGGCAAAAAGGGAUUGAUACCCCUUAGAGAUUGGCAGCUGGUCGAACACUUAGGACACUUUCACAGGGAACGUAUUCCUGAAAGAAUAGUGCAUGCCAAAGGCGCUGGUGCAUUUGGGGAUUUUAUCUGCACAGAUUCUUUGGAAGAAUUCACCAGUUCUAAAGUGUUUGUAAAAGGCAAAAUAACAAAAAUAGCAGUGCGAUUUUCAACAGUUGCUGGUAAUAUGGGAUCUGCCGACACUGUAAGAGAUCCAAGAGGUUUUGCCCUAAAAUUCUACACGGACGAAGGAAUAUGGGACUUGGUAGGAAACAACACUCCCAUAUUCUUCAUGAGAGACCCGUUGUUGUUUCCCAUGUUUAUCCACAGCCAGAAAAGAAAUCCUGUGACGAAUCUCAGGGAUUGGGAUGCUUUCUGGGAUUAUCUAUCGCUAACACCCAUGAGUGUACACCAAGUUAUGUUUCUGUUUUCUGACAGAGGAAUCCCGAAUGGUCAUAGACACCAACAUGGUUAUGGAUCCCACACUUUUUCUCUUAUAAAUAAGGACAGAAAACUAACAUGGUGCAAAUUUAUAUACAAAACCAACCAAGGAAUUGAUAAUUUGGAUCCAAAUGACGCUGCGACAAUAGCGGGCACAGAUCCAGAUUAUUCCAUUAGAGACCUAUACAAUGCCAUCGCUGCACAGGAUUAUCCAAAAUGGACGUUCUACGUACAGUUGAUGACACCAGAACAAGCAAAAGCUUUAACCUUUGAUCCUUUUGACAUCACCAAGGUUUGGCCUCAUGCAGAUUUUCCUUUGAGAAAAGUGGGAGAAUUCGAACUGAAUCGCAACCCAACCAACUACUUCGCUGAAGUGGAACAAUUGGCGUUCAGUCCUAACAAUUUAACACCCGGUAUAGGAGAUUCGCCUGACAGAUUGCUGCAAGGUCGCAUGUUUUCCUACCAAGACGCCCAUAGGUACCGUCUGGGUACCAAUUUCCAACAGCUGAUGGUUAAUAGACCACCCAAUGGUGCUGCUAAUUUCCAAAGGGACGGGCUCAUGUGCAUCUUUAGCCAAAACGGCGCACCCAAUUACUAUCCUAACAGUUUUGGUGGACCCAACCCUGAUCCAGAAGCGGCACAAUGGACUCCACCGCCACAAGAAUUCUCAGGAAAAGAAGAUUACUAUCCGGAAUAUUACGAAGAGGAUAAUUAUUCCCAACCGGGGGUGUUCUGGGAGAAGGUUUUGGAUGAUGCUGCCAAACAAAGAUUGGUAAACAACUUGGCUGGGUCGAUAAGAUGCGCCACAGCGGAUAUUCAAAAAAGAGCUGUCAAGGUAUUCGCCAACGUUAGCAAAGACUUGGGUGAUAGAUUGUCGAAGGCUCUAUCAUUGAGCAACAGUGUCACAGUUCAUCUUUAAAACUAAUAAAUCAUAUUAAAUAUUUAAUACUUAUUAAAUAUUACAAAUUAUUUAUUUUUAAUUAAUCUAAUUUUAAUUUAUAAAUUACUAUCUAAUUUUAAUUUAUCAAUUUACAUUUAAAAAGCAUACAGGGUGGUCCGAAUUGUAUUCGUAAAACUUUGCCAGCAUAUUCUACCGAUAAAAAUAAGUAAAACAGUUCGUAUACAUUUUUGUCCUAAAAUGCUUCGUUUCGAAGAUACAGGGUGUAGAAGUUUCAUUCGAUUUUUUCCAAAUAAUUCUGAACUAAUGUAAAUAUUUAGAUGAAAAUUGGUGUCUGGGUGUUUUUUGACAUGAGAAAUUUAAUUUUAAACUCCUACAUAUUUUUUAACUAGUUUGAAGAGUCAUAAUAUUUCCGUCAUUUUCUACGUAAAAAUGAUAUCUUGUUAAAAAUCCCUCUAAAUAUUUGGAAUCGAAAUUAUUGAUUAUUUCGAUUGCUAUCAUUGACAAAAAUUCAUCAUGUUGACUAGAUUGGACUGAAUUCAAAAAUUUGAAAUGUUUUUGUACCAAAGACUCAACGGAAACUAUUUAAUUUUUUUCUAGAAAAAAUUAUGAUUAAUUUAAAAAAAAUAAAGUUCCCAGAUUUACCAAUUGAACUAUCUAGUCGACACGUUCAUUUUUAGAGAUUUUUAUCAAGAGGCCUUUUUACCUAAAAACUGCGAAAAUGUAUAUUUUUUACCUGUUUAGAUACAGAUAACGAGAUAUUACUCUUCAAACCAGUUAAAAAAUAUGUAGGUGGCGUCCCCUACACGCAGGAGUCAUAUUGACGUCGAAAUCAAAUUUCCCAUGUUAAAAAAGUCCCAAACACCAAUUUUCAUCCAAAUAUCGACCUUGGUUUAAAAAUUAUUUUGAAAAAAUUGAAAUAAAACUUCUACACCCUGUAUUUUCGAAAGGAAGCAUUUUAUAACAUACAUUUAUACAUUUUUUUUACUUAUUUUUAUCGGUAGAAUAUUCUGCCGAAGUUUCCCGAAUACAAUUCGGACCCACCCUGUAUAUUAAAAGUUAUUAAUUAUAUUUUGUAUUAGUCAUUAAGCAUAAACAAUAUACAAGUGUAUUACAUUAUGUACAUGUAUAAUAAGACUAUUAGAAGUGAAAUUAGUUAAGUGAAUAUUACUGUAAAACUAUUAAUAAGUAUUUAUUAUUGUAAAAAACAGUUGUGUGCUUAAAAUGUAAUAAUAAAAAACAUAUUAAUAUU